UUUACUCGGUCUCACUCUCAAAUUUGUGUUGAUAUUUAACGGUACUAGCUAAAUUCAAGUUUUAUUAUAAUAUAAGUAACAUGGUUCAUUUCUUAAAUUUAUUGAAAGAAAAAUGUACCGCCAAAGGAUUUGCAAUAUUUUUGGGUUUACUAACGACCAUUUUAAUUGUGGUCAUUGUCAUAUUGGCUGUGGAUAAUGCCAGCAUGUCGGCCGACUUAAAGGAAUCAAAAGUUAAAAUGGAAAUUUUAGAAUUAUAUAUACAAUCAAUGGUUGCAAAUGGUUCCAACAAAUUGACAACUUCUAUGGCAGCUUCUUAGCCACCAACAUCGUAAUGUUUAUAAUUAUGUUAAAAUAUUUUUGAAUUUGUUCUAACUAACU